UUUCCUAUUUCCGCACCAACUCGCACUCGCUUGCGGCGAUGAGGCGGGCACGUGGCAUUCAUUCGUCUGCUUCCCGACGCUGGACGCUCUCAGUGCAACAAGCACCGGCAAGCACAAGCAAACAACAAGAGCUGCUCGUCGCAGGCACCGACCGCAGCCAUGUCUCCGCCGACCUUGCCGCCUAUUUCUAUAAUGACGCACGCGUCUGCCCCGUCUUCGCGUCCGCUGCUUCCUCAUCCUCAGAACACGAGUGCCUCUGAUUCAAACCCGUCUCCUACAAUGUCCGCAGCUCCUGCCCGAGAGAUGUUCUACCGUGGUGACAUGUCCCCCUACAACUACAGCCACCCUCAGCCAUACCACCAGCAGCAGUCUCAGCAGCAACAACAACAACAACAGCAAGCGCAGCAGCCUUCACAGCAGUUCAACGCAGCUCCGCAGCAACCCCAACAGCCCGUCCAGCAGCAGAGCUCCUGGUAUGGCCAUCCAGCAGACUACGACUCUCGCAGAGGGUCUCUAGCUUCACAAGACUCGGCCUAUGUUGUUCAAGGCGGCACCUCUGCUACCGACCAGCGAGCAGGCCCGCCUUUUCUGAACGGGCAAGCAAGAGGUCCUACAGUCCCCCGUGGUGCACCCCCCGUCACCAGGCCCACUCCUUACGCACCGAACCCCAACGCAGCAGCUCCCACAAAAGGCUUUCCCUACGCUUUCCCAGAUCCAGCUGCUCUAGCAGCUCCAGUAACACCUCAAGUUCCAUAUGGCGGUUCGCCGGUUGUUUUGGGCUAUGCGAAUGCUGCUGCUGCAGCUUCGCGGACCUCAGUGGACUCCUACGACCGCAUGAGCGGGCGAUCGCUCGAUCUAGAUGACGCGGCCUCUACGGUCACUACAGUGGCCACACCAAAUGGACCGGUUUACAACGGUGGUCUCGGGCCUGGACCGUACUCUCGGUCACCAGAGCUGAGGCAGACGCAUAAGAUUGCAGAACGAAGACGUCGACAGGACAUGAGCACGCUCUACGAUGAUCUCAAGAGAAUUUUGCCGGAGGAAAAAGGGGCAAAGUCCUCGAAGCACGAUAUUCUUAGUCGUGCGGUGAACGUUAUCAAGAACAUUCAGACUUUUACCGACGACAUGCAGCAGGAGAUCAACGAACUGCGAUCGAAACUAGGGCUGCCCCCAAAGCGUUUCCCCUCGCUGUCUGCUAUCGCUACUGACCGGUCUAAUCGCAACUCGAUGGGCUCAGACCGACAGGACUCGUCAGAUAACGAUCAGAUGGAUUUGUCGAAAUGAGCUAGUCAAAGAAUU